CUUCAAUACUUCAGCAGGGAUAUCGCCGUGGUCCCGCCAUCCCACUCUCUCCAGCCGCCUAGUCCAUCUUGCCCACCCCCUCACUACUGGCCACCGCCAGCAAACGAAAAACAAUGGCGCCGCUCGUUCCUCGUAUGCAUCUGUUCGAGAUUGACGACCAACAAUGGUUCCCGUCCUUUCUCCGAGCCAAGGUCCAGGCUGCCCUCACCCAUGCCUGGACGACCAAGAUCCCCGUCAUCCAAUGGACAUCUCCCGCCCGCCUCGUGGCGCGACUCCUCGCCACACAGCUCGGCGACUCGGUCCAUGACUACGUCUUCAUCGACUUCUGCGCCGGCGGUGGCGGCCCCACGCCAUCGAUCGAGCGGCACCUGAACAAGCGGAUCCUCGCCCCGGCGGCGGGCCCCGUGUCGGCCCCGGGCAGCUACGCCGCGGUGGCGGCGAAGGACACGCCGGCCGAGGGUAGCUCGGCGCGCGGGCCCGUCCGCUUCGUGCUGACCGACCUGCAUCCGCACGAGGAGAACUGGCGCGCGGCCGCGGCGCGCAGCCCCAACGUCAGCUACGAGGCGCGGUCCGUGGACGCGGCGAACGUGCCCGCCGACCUUCUUGACGGGUACAAGAAGGAUGGGAAGAAGGUGUUUAGGCUGUUCAACCUGGCGUUCCACCACUUUGACGAUCCGCUCGCGAAGGCCAUUUUGAGGAACACCGUCGAGACCAGUGAUGGGUUUGGCAUCUUCGAGCUCCAGGAGCGCAGUUUCUCGUCCUUCAUAACCUGCUGCCUCCUCGGCGUGGGCAUCCUGCUGACGGCACCGUACUACGCCUGGAUCUGGCGGUCCCCGGCGACCCUCUUCUUCACCUACCUGGUCCCCGUCCUCCCGUUCGUCCUCGUCUUUGACGGCUGGAUCUCCAGCCUGCGGACUCGGACGCCGGACGAGGUGGAGGCGCUGCUGAGGACUUGCGGUGCCGAGGGCGGCCCCGAGGAGCUGAGCCGCUGGGAGAUCAAAAGUGGGAGAGAGAGGCACCUGUGGCCGACCGGGUACUUGAAUUGGGUUGUUUGCGUGAGGAGGUAGAGCUGGAUCGCGAAGCUUGGGGAGGUUCGGGACAGGUUUUGAGACAUGUAGAACAGACAGCCCACUCCAACAAAUUACACCCAUCUUCUCGGUCACGGCGGCUAUUGGAGCUAAACCAAUGCACUGCUCGUGUAACGGAGUGAUAGACUUGACAGCUUACGGCAGGAUGCGUUUCUAGGCUCCGGUUUUGUCUUUCACCUUUGCGCGGCUCGAUCUAUCACCGAACACCCUUGAACGUAGGUGCUACUCUGGUCAACGCCUCAU